AGAGAGAAUUGAAGAGAGAUAGAAUAGAUCAGAGAGAGAAUAGAACAGAGAGAGAAUAGAACAGAGAUAGAAUAGAACAGAGGACCAGCUGUGUGGACCUUCAUAUGGAGUCUACAACAGAGGGAGGAGGAGGAGGAGGAGGAGGAGGGCUGAGGGAGCUGGUUCUAAAGUGGUUUACAGAGACCCAGGCCCCUCUCAUUCUCCUCCAUAAAGGAAACUUUCCCGAUUGGUUCCAAGGCUUCACCACCAGGAAGGAAGCAGAGGAUCAGCUGAGAGACAAGCCUCUGGGAUGUUUUCUCAUCAGACUCAGUGACAAAGCCGUAGGAUACAUCCUCUCAUACAAAGGACAAGAUCGCUGCCGCCAUUUUGUGAUCAACCAGGACCAAGCUGGGCUGUUCGCUAUCUCCGGGGACGACCAGCCUCACCACAGCCUCACGGAACUGAUAGAGCACUACAGAGUCCAUCCCAUCCAGCCCUUUGGAGAGUCCCUCACCUCUACGUACUGUUGUCAGUCAAGCUCAGGAGAGCUGUAUGAUGUGGUGCAGUUAGAGGCCAAAGAGAAGAAGAAGACCGGUGGGGUCAGUGUCCGAGCCCUGAGAAGUUACUGGGACCAGCAGAACGAACAGAAGAAUGACCAACACCAACAGAAUGACCAUCACAAUGACCCACGGAACGACCCACGGAACGACCCAAGGAAUGACCCACGGAACGACCCACGGAAUGAGCAGCACCAAUGGAAUGACCUGCCGCCAACUAGGCAGCCCCCUGCAGUGCCACCCGUGCUGCCGCCCAAAACCAACAACAGGAAGUUGACAUCAACAGUAUCCAUUGGCAGGAAGUCCCUCCCACAGCAAGCAGUACCUCCAGUCCCAAGGCGAGGCCCACCUCUGACCCACUCUCUGAGUGGAACCUUGUCUGACAAGAGCACGUCUCAAACCCAAUACGCUGAGAUACAUCAUGACCAAACCAAGACCACAUCUCACGGUCAAACCCAAUACGCUGAGAUACAUCAUGAUCAAACCAAGACCACAUCUCACGGUCAAACCCAAUACGCUGAGAUACAUGCUAACCACAACAAGACCACAUCUCACGGUCAAACCCAAUACGCUGAGAUACAUGCUAACCACAACAAGACCACAUCUCACAUUCAAACCCAAUACGCUGAGAUACAUGCUAACCACAACAAGACCACAUCUCACUUUCAAACCCAAUAUGCAGAAAUACAUAAUGACCAAACCAAGACCAAAUAUCACGGUCAAACCCAAUACGCAGAAAUACACACGAACCAGAACAAAGUGGAGAGACUGGCCAGUACUGGGAGUCUGAACCAGAGGAGGAGCACCGGUCCCUGGUCCUUCAACAACACCUCCACAGCAGCAGGAGGAGUCAUGUACUCUGAGCUGACCCUGCCAGAUGGACGAAGCCGCUCUCUACCCCGCCUGGACGACGCCACGGAGGAGGAGGAGGAGGAGGAGGAGGAGGGGUACUCCGACAGGAUAACCAUCCCUUGCUUCCCCAACACCUCUCACUCCCCCAAUCCCCCCAAGAGGGUCACCUGCCACGCCUACUCUCUUCAGGAGCCCAGGGAAAGCCCCCGGCCACGGAUCCACGGUGUACCACAAAGCCUGGAUCAGCUGAGCACCAACCCACUGUACCAGGCCUCUGUCGGGCUUGGUGAGGGCCGCGACACCCCCUGGAAGGUACCACAGAGGCAGAGAGAAGGGGACCGUGGCAGAAAUCCCCAGGAUCAGACUACCCAACAGGAGGAGAGUAUGUAUGCAGAGGUUCCAGAGGGGCCAUCUCCUCCCCGUCAUCUGAUUACUGACAACACCUAUGAGCAGAUCCCAGGGGACGGUGGCCUAAAUGGGACACAAAGCACAGCCACAGACCAGGAGGGAAACACCUAUGAGAUGCUGGAGAACCUGAAGUCCAAGGAGUCUACUUGGGGCAAGAAGAAUAUCACAUGGAGAAAAUUAUUCCCUGAAUACAAGAAGAAAUAGCAGCACCCUGCAGAUUCAGCAACAAACCAAUCAGCACCCUGCAGAUUCAGCAACAAACCAAU